AUGACCGACACACAGCCGGCCAUGGCGCUCCUUACGGGCCAGGAGCAGGAUGAUAUCCUUAAAGCGCGCCUGGCCACAGACGAGAAAUACCUCCGGCGCCUCACAAAACGCAUCACGACCGUUGCGCAAGCUGCCAGCGACGAGGAACACAAUGCGGCGGUCAUAAUGCUAAAGAGCGACCUCGAUUUGUUCUGCAAUCACCUUAACCGCUUGCAGGCCACGUCUCAGUCGACCACCCAGCGCGAAAUCGAGGCGUACGACAGCGAGGCAGCCGCGCUACACGCAUCAUGCGAGGAAGAGCGUAAAAAUAUUGCGCGUCUCAAGAAAGAACUCGAGGCAGCGCAGCAGACGCGGCAGAACCGCAUCGAGUACGACGAGCUCGCGCGCAAGAUUGUUGUAUACCCCAGCCGCGAAGACAUGGAGAGCACGCUGCAGUCGCUCCAGGAGCGUGUCGCGGCACUCAAGCAGGAGAAUGAGUCGUUUUCCAGCAUCACUGCCGAGACACGGAGUGGUCUGGAUGCGAUUGUGGCUCAGCUGCAGAAGCUCCACGAGUCGAUCGAUGCCUCGCUUAGGCAGGCGCCGGUUGCCUCGGGCCCUGCCGAGGCGGAUGCAGAUGCGGAUGGAGGUGAGCCCAAGACGCAGCUCAACCCCAACGUCCCCUCCUUUACACCGCAGACUCACGCUGCCGAGGAGCCUGCUGGGAAUGCCAAGCGUGUGCACGCCGCACCCGAAACUACCCACGCCGCGCCGCGCGACCAGCCCGAGCCCAAGCGCCUACGGAAGAGGGAAUAG